AUGGAGAUGGUUCGUCCGACUGCAUACUACGAAAGCCUGAAGAGGUACUGGAGGAGAAGAAGGUACCAAAAACUAUCCGGUAGCCCUGCCAAAAGAAGCAAGCUGAAGGUCAUGAGGCUCGGCGGAAGCGGCAGCCAGCGUCACUGGAAGGUGCGGACGGUGCCGAAGCUCCAGUGGAAGAUGGCUGCUGCUUCGCUCUCCCCCGUGAAGCUGCUGUCCAAGUUCCACAACGGUUACAUCGAAAUGAUGAUCGGCCUCGCGUGCAACGUCGUCAAGUCGAGCAGCAGCGCCGGCAUCUUCCGGGGAAAGCAGGUCGCCAAGGAGAGCCAGAAGAUAUCCAUGGUCUCGACCGGGGAAGAGGUCGACGGAAGGUUCGUCAUGGAGGUCUAUAAGAAAUUGGCGGCUUCGCGGCAAUUGCCGGACUUUUGA